AUGGCCACCGCACAAGGGCCGAAAGAUCCUGUUGGCCUCCAUUCGACCCACCAUGAGGUCGUUGCUCCCGAUCACGAACUUCAAGGCUGGGUUGGACUGGCCGAAGACGCUCGCAAUGCGACCGCGGAGGAACAUCGAUUAGGUUUCUUCGACGCGGUGAAAAUGUAUCCCAAAGCGUGCAUGUGGACAAUGGUGGUCUCAUUGGUUGUGAUCCUUGACGGUUACGACACUGCCUUGAUUGGAUCGCUGUUUGCCUUUCCUGCUUUCCAGCGCAAAUUCGGCCAUGAGACCAGCAAACCAGGCUCGUAUCAACUCGAGGCCAAAUGGCAGACUGCACUUGGUCUUGCUAGCCCAUUGGGAAAUAUUGUUGGCAUUUAUAUCAACGCAUUCUUGACCGAAAAAUGGGGCCACAAGAAGACCUGUUUGGGAACAUUGGCCUUCCUGACCGGUGUUCUAUUCAUCCCAUUCUUCGCGAAAAACAUCCAAGUUCUUUUCGUCGGAGAACUUCUCUGCGGUCUCGCAUGGGGUGUAUUCACCACGCUGGCUCCUGCAUAUGCCUCCGAAGUGGCACCUGUCGUGCUCCGCUCCUAUCUCGAAACAUACGUUGUGCUCUGCUGGGGUAUUGGCCAAUUCGUCGCCACCGGUAUCCUGGACAGUCUCAACCAUCGUACUGAUGAGUGGGCCUGGCGUAUCCCCCUUGCGGUGCAGUGGGUUUGGCCUGUGAUCAUUGUUCCAGUGCUGAUCUUUGCGCCGGAGUCUCCAUGGUGGUUGGUCCGCAAGGGUCGUGUUUCGGAGGCCGAGAAAUCUGUCAAACGUCUCUCGUCAUCGCAGGACCCGGAUCACGCCAAGAAAUCCGUUGCACUGAUGAUUCAAACUACCCAGUUGGAAAUGGCAAUGACUGAGGGGGCCUCAUUCAUAGAUUGCUUCCGUGGCAGUAACGCCUGGCGCACCGAGAUUGGCUGCAUUGUCUGGACAUCCCAGGUUCUCAGCGGCUUUGCCAUCACUUCCUAUGCUACAUAUUUCUACGAACAAGCCGGACUGGCCACAUCCGAUGCCUAUAAAAUGAGUGUCGGUCAGAGUGGUUUGCAUUUCCUCUGCACCUUGCUAUCCGUCUUCAUCACGGGUAACUACGGUCGCAGGUCGGUCCUAUUCGGUGGAUAUAUUGGUAUGGGAUUAUCCAUGUUGACCCUGGGUAUUAUGGCAUGCGUCCACCAGACUACCGGCCUUGGUUAUGGAGAAUCUGCAAUGUUCCUCCUUUGGUAUGUCUUCUACGAGCUAACCCUCGGCCCUCUUGCUUUCAUCAUUGUUGGAGAGAUUUCCUCUACACGCUUGCGGUCUAAGAGUAUUUCCCUGGCGCGAAAUGCCUACAACGUCGCGAACGUGUUCAGCUCCACUGUCGCCCCUUAUACGCUUAAUCCCACCGAGGGUAACUGGAAAGGCAAGACCGCGUUCCUGGCCGCUGGCUUCACUGUUGUCCUUACAAUCUGGGCCUACUUCCGCCUUCCUGAGUCUCAAGGACGUACUUAUGAGGAAUUGGACAUUUUAUUCUCGAAGAACUUGAAGGCCUGGGAAUUCAAGGAUGCCCAAGUUGACGACGAUGCUGCUGAGACUAUUACGAAGCAGAGAUAG